CUGGAUCUAACGAUGCGUCUCUCUUAAAAUCCUCUUCCUGUCCAUCGGUUUCGAUUCACGUCUCCUUCCCCAGCCAUCCUCUCUGAGCUUAUAAAACCUUCAUGGCAUUUGCGCACUUCUGCAGCAUCGAAUGUUUCCUUAAAACCGGGAAACAAGAAGCGCUUUUCCUCCUUGUUAUUGGUUUGCCUAUUGCCAGCACUCGUUUUAGUCAGUUCUCUCCGCAUUAAUAACCACCCCUUCGGUACAGAAUCUCUCUCUCACCACUAUUUGGUGAACUCUUUUGAAGCUUCCUCUGUGAUUCUGUAUCGUUUUUUUUUUUUAAGUUGUAAGUUAUGGUUUCCUCUCACCGUCCUGUCCCUAAGAAAACCCACAAACAGCAGUAUUUAUCUCUCAGCCCUUCGGAAUCUGUUUUGAAAGAUGAUGAUGUUGAGCUUGACUUCUCUGAUGUGUUUGGUCCACUUCCUGAAGAGGCUGGUGAUGUUGUUUUUGAUGAGCCUGCUGUUAUCUACACUCGAUCUCACUCUUUGGUUGGCCCUUCUUCGAUUGGUAGUCACUCUUUUAAGCUGAGCAAGCUCACGUUACGAGAGACUGAGGACUCAGUUGAUUUGGUGGAGUGUCUUGAAGGUGAGUCACUAAAGGGAAAUGAUGAAGUCUUUGGUAGUGACAGUGAGAGAUCUCCAGAGGGGGGACUUGUGGUGAAGGUCUCUGGUGUGGUUGGACUUGAUGAUUUUGAGGUUUUGAAGGUUGUAGGACAAGGUGCGUUUGGGAAAGUGUACCAAGUGAGGAAGAAGGAGAGUUCCGAGAUUUACGCUAUGAAGGUCAUGAGGAAAGAUAA